AUGCUCCUGCAUUCAAAAAGUACAAAAUUUGAAAUGUCAUAUAUGUGGACAUUACUAGCAUUAUUUAUAGUCUUCAGUGGGGUCGUUCUCGCAGGAGGAAGUGGAGGAGGUAGCAGUGAAGAUCGUUGCAAGAAUUUAAAAAAUCAAUUAACUGAGUUGCUCAGCGGUGUGGGCCAAUGCAGAAAAGUAGCCGACGUAGCAGACGAUCAAACGAAGCAUAAAGAUGACGAGAAACCAACCUGCUCAAACAUUUAUGCAUUAACUAACAUCACUAGUUCUACCAAUUCCAGUGAGUGGUUUGAUCAUGAUAAUUUAUGUCUGUUACUGUAUUGUAAUGAUGAUGUGACGUUAAGCUUUCAUCUUGUCCCUAACUAUGCUAUUCUUUACAAUAGCAAUAAAUCUACUCAGCUCGCUCUUUUACGAGGUGGUACUCAACAAAUGAAUAUAUGA